UCUACUGUUGGUGUGUUGUAACGUUUAAUAAUGACGACUUAAAUUUAUAAAUCGUUAGAAAAGAAAGCAUUCUGUGAUUACAUAAAAUUGUAACUUCUGUUUUUAGUUUUCUUUUUUUUUUUUUUUUCGAAAACGAGAAAACAUAAUAACCUUCGUUAUUAAUCGCUAGUAAAUAAUAGACGUGCUAAUGUGGUAAUAAAAAGCUAUACACAAAAAGGAUGAUAUACGUAAUCAUAAGAUCUGCGUAUUUACUCGUACAGUGACGUGCGCAAUAGAGACGGCACAAUGAGCAAAGGUGGUAGGAAGCUGACGAUUAAUGUCACGGUCAACUGAAUUCUAGUUGUCUUGACAAGUGUGUGCAACAAAAAAUGCAUAUAUUUUAAAAAAGAAACGUGCAUUUGGUUGAGAGAUUUAUUUUUUUUUUUUUUUGGCUUGCUCUCCCCCCUUCACCCCCACACCUCUCCGCCGUUAAUCUUUCAUCGAGAUGGUGGAGCCAAUUUUUGAUUAUCAAUUUCGGCUAAUACUGAUUGGCGACAGUACGGUCGGGAAGAGUUCGCUCCUGAAAUAUUUCACCGAUGGGAAGUUCGCAGAGCUCUCAGACCCAACAGUCGGUGUAGACUUUUUUGCACGCUUAAUUGAAGUUAAAGAUGGUACAAGAAUAAAAUUACAACUAUGGGAUACAGCUGGACAAGAAAGAUUUAGGUCUAUAACAAAGUCUUACUACAGAAAUUCUGUUGGAGCACUACUUGUAUAUGAUGUAUGCAACAGAACUAGCUUUGAACAUAUUCCUCAAUGGAUGAUGGAAGCACGUAGGCACAUUGAACCGCAUCGUCCUGUAUUUGCAUUGGUAGGUUGUAAAUUGGAUCUGGUAACAAAUGGUGGCAGAAGAGAAGUAUCAAAAGAAGAAGCUAGAGCUUUUGCUGAUCAGCAUGGUGUACAUCAUAUAGAAACUAGUGCAAAGACAGGGGUCAAUGUUGAAGAAGCAUUUCGAACAGUUACUCAAGAAGUUUAUAAUAGAAUACAGACUGGUGAAUAUAAAGUAGAAGAUGGUUGGGAUGGUAUUAAAACUGGAUUUGCUAGACCCGGUGGUUUAGAUUUUAAUUUAGUUGAAGCAGAGCCUGCAAAGUCUUCGUGUUGUUAAAUUAGGAAUGACUUUGAUUUAUUGAAAGAAACAAAUUAUUUUAUAAUAAGAAAUCAAUUGUGUUGAGACUUCAUUUAAGACUGCUUACAAUCUACAUUUGAUAAACAAUUUUCAUUUUACUCACUAAAGAAUUCAUAUACUAUUCACCACAUAUUUAUGUUAAAUAAUAUAAGCAAUGAUAAAUGUAAAGAUAUAGAAAAUGAGUCUAUAGACAUUCAACACAACUGAUUUCAUCCAGGGAAUGUAGCAGAAAAUUUAAUACGUAGUGAAUUAUUGAUUACAUUUUUUGUACCAUAAAUGUAUGUUGAAUAUUGUAUAUUCCAAAUACUUUUUCCAAUGUUGUUGCGAUAGUAACAAAUACAAUUUUCUGAGUAGAAAAUAUAUACAAUUUUUACCGCAUUCUUUGUUUUAGACAAAAGACUAACAAUUAUACAUAAUGGACAUUAUGCAUACAUAUGAGGUAGAAUUUUUUGUAUAUAGUAUGUAUAAAUUAAAAAGUAUAUGAAUGAUUAAAAACAUUUAAAAAUUCA